AUGGCCGAAACAUAUAUUCAUCGUAAAAAAUCAACAAAUGAAACUAAGAAUAAAAAUCAAUCAACAUUUUUUCAUACUUCUAUUUUGCCAAGUAAAACUUAUCAAGAAAAACAUCAACUUCCGUUAAAAGAAUUAAAAAAUUCUGUAAAAGAUUAUAAAAAACAACCAUCACUUCAAAAAGUAGAUACUGAAAAAUAUCGAAAUUCAUUACAACGUCAAUUAUCCAUAGAUAUGCUUCGUCAAGGUUAUCAUCAAUCAUUUCGUGAAUUAUGUACUAUAUUAGAAUGGCAAAAAAAUGAUCGAGAACAAUUAGGUGUUGAACAUCCACAUUAUCGACGAUCAUUAUUAGAUGGAGAACCAGAUAAAUUACGUUUUCUUUGUAUAUAUCUUAAUAAAAUUGAAGAAGCUGAACGAAGAAAACAAUAUUCAAAUAUGUAUAAAAAUUAUAUUGAAUUAGCAUCAUUUUUUUUAAAAAGUGAUGAUCAUUGGUUAUCAGAUUCAUUUUAUAAAAAAUGUUUAUCAGUUGCUCAAACAUAUACACAAUUUGAUUCACAAUUAGUUGCUGAAGCAUAUCUUAAUGUUGGAUUAGUAUAUGAAAGACAAGGUUAGAUUAGUAAUAAGAGUAUACAAACUAAUGUU